AUCAUCACGCUCUUUUCCAGUUCUUCGUUUCCUUACAAUUGGGAUCCUGUACAAUCGGAUUAACCGCAACGUGACGAGAUGGUAUUUCCCCUACCUGUUGAGCUGUAUACUCAUUGUCUCCUGCAACUUCCUCCUCAAGAACCCUCCAGUCUCAAGACCGUCGUUAGCUUUCUCUCCGCAAACUCCGUCGCUCGCGCGGCCGCCCUCGAUAGGUCAAUAUGGGCGAGACUAUACCUCGCGCGCUACAUUCACAACAUUCCGGAACAUGAGGACGAGCGGCGCGCUCGACUCGGGGGCGACUGGCAGAUGAUGUUCAUUGAGCGCGUCAGACUCGAUCGUGCCGCCUUGCAGUUGGUCGAUUACAUCCGCACACAUCCGGAUGAUAGGGACGCAGCUUCUCACCGCCUCGCGUUGGAGUUCUCUUGGGACGUGUGGGACGCCCUAGAGCUGGAAACGAAGGUGCCAAUACCAUACGUCUUUCGCGAACCCGGCGACGCAGAAAGUGAAUCACAAGAAGCGGUCCCGCAUGCUCUUCCAAGGAGGUUUUGGGCCAAGGCAGCUCUGGGUGCUAUCGGGCGCAACCACGCUGUGAACGCUUGGGCCCGCAUACUCAAGAAAGACGAGGAUUGCACAUUCGAGGAUGCGCUGACUGGUCUCUCUGCUUUCGUGGACAUUUCCCCGUACGUUAUUUUCAAGCAGCUCGACCAACUCGCCAGCCGAUGCCGAGAACGCCUCACGCAGGCCGAGUUUGUGCUGCAACCUACAGACUCCGCCUACGACCUCGCUAAAGUUGCAGUCUUCGUUCGCAACUUUGUACAAGAGGAGGGCUUCGCUCUUGCUAAUGAUCCGACCAUAUUCUACAAUCCCUUCAACCAGUUCCCACAUUACUUUCUCACAGUCGGCCGCGCGACGACGCUCCCAAUCUCAGUCAAUUACGUCUACUCAGCGAUAUGUCGUCGUCUGCAGAUCAAAGCCAUCCCAACGAACACUCCGCGCAGAGUGCUCUGUCACAUCGAAUCCCCGAACCCACAGCAAGGCGACAUGCUCAUCGACCCCUGCUCGACGACGCCUCCGAUCGUCUUCUCCAGCAGGGACAUCUCCGUCAUGCUCUCGGAGGCAGGCUUUCACUCGAGCUUCCCGGCGGACGCCGUCAUGCCCGCCGGCCUCGCGAGCAUGGUCAACCGGGCGGUCCACAAUGCAUUCGCGACGAUGCGCACCGAUGCGUGUCAUGUCGAUCCUCUGAGUGGCUACGGGAUGGACAGGGUGCGGUACGCGGCCUCCGCUGCCUUCGCGACUAUUAACGCCCCUGGGGUGCAGAUCAUCCCAAUGGUCACCGAGGAUUGCCCCCUGGACCACCAGGCGGUCGUCAUGGACGCGCUGCUGCCUGUCAUCCCUGAGGACCGGCGAGAAUUGUGCCUAUCGGAGUUGGCAGAGUACACCGCGAGACAUACCAAGUACAAGAUCCAGUCGCCGCGUCGUAGGCUGGCUUCACCUCUCCAGGGCCUCGACUGGUUUGUAGGGCUUGCAUUGGCCCAUCCUGAUCACGGAGAAGCGUGCGUCAUUGGUUGGAGGAUCAACGAGGGGAGGGCAGAAUUUCAAGUCCUCACGAAAGACGGCAUCGGGGACGUGACUGUACACCCGGAUAUCUCCGGGAGAUGUUGGACCCCUGCGCCGCUAACACUCGAGAGGCUACGUCGCUUGCGGAGGGAGGUCUACAUGUUCGGGAGAUUCUUCGAGGACGCGCAUAUACCACGCGAAGACGGUGUCGGCGGCCGUCUUAUUCCCGUUCUUGAGUUACAGACGCAAUUCCCGGACGACCUGAAGGUGGGAGCUAGGUGGUCCGAACAACAACUCGAAACCCAGCGGACGGAUAGUUGAAGGGUAUGCUCCUCCUAGUAGAUAGUGGCAUGUGUUUCAGAAGGUGUGUCAUUAGUCCCAGCUAGCACUACAGUGUAUCCUAUAUUAUGCGACUAUAUGGCAACUUUUGAUACAUUUCAUGGCAAGGCUCAUGAAGUUGGACGGACGGCAUCUUGAGUAAGUGAAUGCACAUAGCGUAGCAUCGCUAGGGGUACAUCAUCAUAAGAACAGUCAGGUGGGCUGUCAGAUAGACGAUCGGCGACGCCUAAAAGCCGCACAGACAGUGCUGAGGAGGGACGAAGGUUCGUCGAACGCAGCUGACUAUGAUGGCUUCCCGACGAACGGAAUUGCGGUGCGCAUCUGCGUAAGACCGAAGAGGAUGUCAUUGACACCAGUCCUCACACUGUACUUCAGCCCGAGCUUGAGCAGAUACCCGUUCAGGUAUUUGAUCUCGGUCGGCUUGCCCAACUUGACGUCCCAAUACAUCGACGAGUAGUUCUCCCUCGUCAGAUCGACGACCCGCUCGACCUCCCUCAUGAGCGAGAGAGAUGUAAGAGCGCGAGGGUACGGCUGCGGCCGCGGCGGCCCCACGGCCGCCUUCUCCUCCUCGCUCAUUUCCUCAUACGCCUUCUGCAUCUCCUUGACCUCUGCCGCGAGCUGUGCCCUGAAGACGUGUUCUGCCUCCUUGCACAGGUGAUCGAGAAUCCAGCGGCUGUGGUUCGAGCUGAGCAGGUCUCCAUUCUUGCACUGGAGGAGCGCAGAGAGCGGAUUGACGAAGCAGUUGACGACGAGCUUGCGUCGCAUCGCCGUCUGCACGUCGUCGUACGGCCGCCAUGUCGCCCCGAGCGCACGCGCGCCCGUGAGCGCCGAGAUGGUGUUCCGGAGGGAGAGAUAGCGCGGGCUCACCGACUGCGCGUGCUCGUCCGAGAUGCUCGCAAUGUCGUCGAGGGAGAGCGGCUUCCAGGAGGGGACGUUCCCGGUGCCUCGUACGGCGGCCUCGUAGUCGCGUCCGUGCGGGUCCGGCACGAUGCCGAGCUGGAUCUCCCCGACGCCGGAGUGGACGACGUGGAGGACGUCCUUGCGCCAGAGGCCGUGGGUGUUCGUGGCGAGGACGAAGUUGGGGCGGUCGUACGGGUCGGGGAAGAACUCCUCGACGAGCUUCUCGUACAUGCCCAUGCCGUUGUGCAGGAGGACGACGGUGCUGUUGCGCGAGAGGUGGCCGGAGAGCGCGGCUAUGACGCGGGGGACGGCGUGCGCCUUGGUGGUGACGACGAGGGACUCGAUGGCUCCAUAGAUGCGGUGCAGCUCGUGCGGUUCGUUGCGGCAGUCCAGCGCGACCCGGAGAUCGGUGUGCGGCUGGCGCAAGGGGUCGAGACGUGGGUUCAGGUCCGGGCGAGCGCGUUGA